UUGUAUAUUAUUGGCGACAGUAGUGUUCACUCGCGUCCCAAACACUACCCGAACGUAACCACCGAUUCCUGCGGUCGGGAAACACAUCCACUCUUUAGUGAUAACAAGUGUUUUAAGUAUCACAACAAACUGGACUCAAAAGUUAAUAACAUCCCUUACGGCCAGGCAUUGUACCAUGGUCACUUUUCUUGGAAUGCUCUCAUAUUAGUGGAACAUCAGGGCAACACCUGCGGACUGGUGUGUAGAGUAACCAACGUGACACUAUAUCUGGGCAAGCUUAAUGUUACAAAUGAAACUAUGACAUCUCAGCAUAUGGUCGACUAUUAUUUGCAUCCGGAUUAUAAUCACAACGAGACUGUAUUGAGCGACACUGAUCUGGCACUUAUCAAAAUGGACCAUGGUGUUGUUUUGGAUCACUCAACCGAUUUUAGCCAAUUAAAUAGCAUUUGUUUGCCCGUCAAAGACAGUGUCAACGAUGACAAUGAAUACGCAAUUUUAAAUGUUUAUGAGCACAACCAAAACGAUCCAAAUGCUAAUCCCGAUGAUCCAGAUUUCAAACUUAAAACCGGCCUUGUUAAGAUUUAUAAAAUAGGUAAUGAUGUGGCAGAGGAUCAGGGUGGUUUGCUUAUUAUUGGUCAACAAUUACGUGGAUCAGUUUGCGACGGCGUCCAUUUCGGGGGUCCGCUCUACCAAUCGGUGAACGGAGUGGCAGUACUUAUUGGUAUAGCAAUCGGUGGCACUAAUAAUGGCACAUAUAAAAUUGAU